GCUCCUUCUCUAAAAACACCAUGGGUAUCAGCCGUGAUUCUCGCCACAAGCGCAGCGCCACCGGUGCUAGACGUGCUCAGUACAGAAAGAAGAGAAAGUUCGAAUUGGGUCGUCAAUCUGCCAACACCAAGUUAGGUAGCAAGCGUAUCCACUUGGUUCGUGUCCGUGGUGGUAACUACAAGCGUCGUGCCCUUCGUUUAGACAGCGGUAACUUCUCUUGGGGUUCCGAAGGCAUCUCUCGCAAGACUCGUGUCUUGACUGUCGUCUACAACGCCUCCAACAACGAGUUGGUCCGUACCAACACUCUUGUCAAGGGUGCUGUUAUCCAAGUUGAUGCCACUCCUUUCCGUCAAUGGUAUGAAUCUCACUAUGCCAUUGGUCUCGGUAAGCAAAAGGCCACUGAGAACACUGAAACCGAAAAGAAGUCCAAGGCCGUUCAAAAGAAGAUUGAGGCUCGUGCCGCCACUGCUGCCAUUGACCCUCUCUUGAACGAUCAAUUCAAUGCCGGUCGUCUCUAUGCUGUCAUCGCUUCUCGUCCUGGUCAAUCUGGUCGCUGCGAUGGUUACAUUCUCGAAGGCAAGGAACUCGAAUUCUACAUUCGUAAGAUUAAGUCCAAGAAGCAACAUUAAGUUUAUUUUGGCUACUAUUUUGUACACAAGGGCUAGAUUCAAGUAGUCCAAAAUCAUUGAAUAAAACGUUGCAUAUAAAGACAAUUCUAUUAUUUUUUUAUUU